AACGCGUUAACUGCGGUAACUGUGUGACGAGCAGACAUCUGUAUCCUGCAUUUCCCGAGUUAAUUUAAUCUUAUCGUAGUGUUAGGGCCCCCCGUAAAGUAAUACAGAGGUAGGCCUUGGCUCUAGGUAAACGCUUUAAUCCACUCACAUUAAAUCGUUUCACGUUUCGGCGACAUGUCAGACGCGCAAAGACAGAUGUCGGAGGAAAGCGUCGUCUCCGACAGCGGCAGUGACCUCAUCAUUGACGACGAGGGGCCGGAACGUCGAUGGGUCCGCUGCGAUCUAUCUUUUCACCGCUUCGUCAUGAAAAUCACCGAGUCGACACCUUUCAACGCUUUCAUCAUGUUCACCAUUGUCCUCAAUGCGAUUGUAAUGGCCCUGGAGACCGACUUCACACUCAAGUCCAGGUUCCGAACAGCUUUCAUUGUUCUGGAUGAGCUCUUUCUGGGAAUUUAUACCCUGGAGUUCUUGAUGAAAAUCUAUGCGGAGCCGAUUCGCUAUUUCUACAGCAGUUACAACUUGUUCGAUCUUUUGGUUCUCUUGAUGUCAUAUGUGCAGGUACUUCUUUUUCACGUGGCCGGAGGACAAACUAAUCUCGGCGCGCUGCGAACGUUGCGGGCUCUUCGCACAUUGAGAACUUUGCGAACUGUUUCCUUUGUUCGCGGCCUCCAGGUGUUGGUAACCGCCCUUUUGGACACCAUCCGUAACUCUGUCCUGAAUGUCGUGCUCCUGCUGCUUCUCAUGAUGUUCCUCUUCGGCAUCAUGGGCUACUAUUUCUUCGGAUACAACGAGGGCAGCGACAAGGAACACUGGGGCAACCUCGGCUCCGCCAUGCUGACGUUGUUUAGCUACGUGACGGUGGAGGGUUGGACAGACCUCCAGGCCGAGCUGGACAAGCGCAACAUGACAGGGAGUCGCUUCUACACCAUUGCGUUCAUAUUUCUGGGCCACUUCAUCUUCACCAAUGUCUUCAUUGGGAUGAUUAUAAUGAACAUUCAUGACGCCACUGAAGCCUAUAGGCGGGAGCAAGAGCUGGAGAGAGAAGAGGCCGUCCAGCGAAAGAAGGAAUACAUGAUUCAGAGACAGCACAAUGAAGUUCGUCAAAUGCUAGACAAGCAGAAUCGUGGUCAUUUCAAGAACUUAUCCGAGAUGGUAAGGGAGUUUCAGAAUACUCUCAGUCACGACGACUACGUCAUUUCAGUUGACCUGGCGACGAAUCUGACUUGGCUAGAAACCUACAUGGCCUCUAUGGAGCACCACGACGACACCGUGUAUAGGCUUCAGCAAUUGCAGUUCGAGAUGUGUCACGUGCUAGCCACGGUGCUGGAGAGAAAGCUAAGGGAGCGAUACGGCAUGGCUUAAUGAGGUGGCCGGCAUGGCACUCCGAUAUAGCCAUUCCUCCAGGAACUUUCUCCUUUGGAGCCUUGAUCCCACGACAACUUUUGACCGUUAAUUGGUUAAAAGCUCUAGAUCCAGUGAAAUAUUUCACUGGAAAUUAGUAUAAACCCGCGGUGAUGUGUUCGAUUGGAGCAUUUAUUAUUCCAACUGCACUUGGCGAUCUUACAGACAGUUUAGGAAGGACGACACUCCCGAAAAAGAUAUAUUUCACAAUAUUUAACAACACAGUCUCUUUGCACCGACGCACUAACCUGAAAUCUAAAUAUGAAACAAUUAAUGGGCCUAAUCAAAUACGAUCAACAGUAAAAUACGCUUAUAAAGUUACCUAAAAACGCGUUUCAACCUCGUGGUCGGUUACCAAAACGUAUUUAGACCUGUGCCUGCAGUGGAUUAAAAUACUCAUGUCAAAUGUAACUUACCUACGUAUACAAGGUAUAGCGUUAUUAAAACAUUUGAAUAUGAAAAGUUUUUCGAGUUCAAAGCUUUUUAAAGUCUUAUUUUUCUUACCGCAUAUAUGAGCUCU